AGAAAAACUGUAGAUUGAUGAUGGCGGCUGAUAUCAGAGUGGAGGUUGUCUGUGUUUGAAGUUUUUUUUUGUGGGUUUUUUGGAACCUUUUUUUGGGCUUCUGGGUUAAUUCUUUUUCUUCAACUUUUUGGCUAUUUGGGUUUGGGAAGAAAGGAAGUGGCUUGAUCUUGGCAUGAUGAUCUUCUUCUUCUCCAUCGUAUGUAUUUCUGAAAGACCUUAGAAUUUUCGCCAGCGCUGUAUUCCCUUCAUGGAACUCGACCUUGACUCGUUUCUUGACUCGCACCUCUCCUCCGGUUCCGAUGACGAGUCGAACUCUUACCCUCAUCGUACAGUCGAUGAAAUCCUCAACGAUUCCGAUUCCUCCACGUCAUCCCCCUCUUCCCCUGCAAUACCUUCAAUCAGCCAAUUCCACCACAAUAACAACAGCAGCAGCAAUCGUCUGGGCCGAUCUAGCUCCGUUCCACCAGAAUCUACGCAAUCGGUACCAGGAAACGAGGCUGUUCCGCGGGGAACUGUAGAAUCCGUGAAACCGUCGCAAUUGGAAUCAAGGACUGGAGCAUUGGCGAGAGGUGGUGAUCCGAUAUGGAGGGUUUCGUCGUCGUCGUCGUCGUCGUCUUCUUUGAGACAGUUGCCGACAUUGUUUGGAGGGGUGAGAUCGAAUGCGAAGCCAGGGGCGGCGCUUGCUGCGGCGGCGGCUGCGUCAAGGUCGAUUCCGACGCCUUAUGCUGCAGCAUUGAAGUCGCGGAGGGCGGAGAGCGAGGCUUUGCAGAAGGUUGCUGGUAGUGAGGAGAUCGGUUCAAGUGUUCGUGAUGAUAAUGAGGUAUGCUCAUCCAAUGGGGAUUCAAUUGGGGCUGACUUGGAGAUCAGUGUUUCUGGCGAGAAAGUAGGAACUGAUGAUGACAACGUGGGUGAUUCCCAAUCUGGCUUCGCUGAUAUUAGUAUCAAAUGGCAAAGCAAGGAUGAGAGUGAUGAGAUUGUUUAUAGUGAAGAUAAGGAUGUUGAAGAAUUGGAAUCCAAGGUUGGUGAUGUUGAUACUAGUACUUUGUUGUCAAAUUCAUAUAUGGAACCAGCUGAUGGUCCGUCUACAACUGUUAUUGAAGAUAACUUGGACCAGUAUCAUCCAACUUCAGUUUCAGAUGGAGUUGUAGAUGAAAUGGUAGGCUCUGUCUCAAUGGAUGAGAAUUCAACAUCCUUGGAAUUGAGUGAUUCAGAUAAAAAAGGUGUUUCUUCAUUGCCUGGCUUUGAUCAGGAUGGAAGGUUUGAGGAAGAUUUAGCCAUUGGGGUUUCAGAGAAAGAGGAUGUAGAGAAUGAUUUGCCUGGCUCUAAAGAUAGUGAAGUGGAUGGUGUUGGUGAUAAUGAUGCAAGUUCGAUAAGUGACAUUUCAGAGCUUGUUGAGGAGAGAAUUGGGCAAUUGAGAACUGAAAGGAUAAGUAAAAAAGCAGAAAGGCAUUUGCGGGCUUCCAUGAAACCACUUGAAUUGGCUGAAGAGCUUGAGAAGAAACAAGCUUCGACUGGUUUACAUUGGGAGGAAGGAGCUGCUGCUCAACCAAUGAGACUCGAGGGUGUUAAGAGGGGUUCAACCACAUUGGGAUACUUUGAUGUCAGUGCUCAAAACACUGUCACUCAGACUAUUUCAUCGCAUGUGUUCAGGCGUGAUCAUGGUUCUCCUCAAGUUUUGACAGUUCAUCUAAGUUAUAUUGCAGUGGGAAUGACAAGAGGAGUCAUUGUUCUAGUGCCCAGUAAAUACUCUGCUCAUCAUGCUGACAACAUGGAUGCGAAGAUGGUGAUGCUUGGUUUGCAAGGGGAGAGGUCUUUUUCCCCAGUAACUUCCUUGUGCUUCAAUCAGCCAGGAGACCUGCUCUUAGCUGGCUAUGGUGAUGGCCACAUUACAGUCUGGGAUGUGCAGAAGGCAUCAGCAGUAAAAGUUAUUACUGGAGAACAUAAUGCACCAGUGGUACAUGCAUUGUUUUUAGGACAGGAUUCUUCAGUCACUCGUCAAUUUAAAGCUGUCACAGGUGAUAGCAAAGGUCUGGUUCUGUUACAUGCUUCCUCAGUUGUUCCACUGCUAAACAGGUUCUCAAUCAAAACACAGUGUCUUUUAGAUGGACAAAGAACGGGAACUGUUCUUUCUACUUCUCCCCUUUUGUUUGAUGAUGCUUCUGGAGGUACUUCAGUGACCUAUCAAGGAAAUGCUGCAGUUUCUAGUACCAUUGGUAGCAUGAUGGGAGGUGUUGUUGCCGCAGAUGCAGGUUGGAAACUCUUCAACGAAGGCUCUUCCCUGGCUGAAGAAGGUGUGGUCGUAUUUGUCACCUAUCAAACCGCUCUAGUGGUAAGGCUUACUCCAACAUUGGAAGUCUAUGCUCAACUUUCUAGGCCAGAAGGGGUGCGUGAAGGGUCAAUUCCUUACACUGCCUGGAAAUGUGUCACACAGUCUCGUGGUUCUUCUACAGAGAACACUUCUGCUGAAGCAGCAGACAGAGUUUCAUUGCUUGCACUUGCUUGGGAUCGCAAAGUUCAGGUCGCAAAGCUGAUCAAAUCAGAGCUGAAAAUAUAUGGUAAUUGGUCUCUUGACAGUGCAGCCAUUGGCAUGGCUUGGCUAGAUGAUCAAAUGUUGGUGGUUCUAACAAUAACAGGACAGCUUUAUUUGUUUGCAAAGGAUGGAACUAUCAUUCACCAAACUAGUUUUUCUGUUGAUGUUGCCGUGGGAGAUGACCUUGUUGUCUAUCAUACUCAGUUUAUUAAUGUCUUCGGAAAUCCUGAGAAAGCCUAUCAUAACUGUAUAGCUGUAAGGGGAGCUUCUGUAUAUGUACUAGGACCUGUGCAUCUUGUUGUCUCUCGUCUUCUUCCUUGGAAGGAACGAAUCCAGGUUCUACGGAAAGCAGGUGACUGGAUGGGAGCUUUGAACAUGGCAAUGACACUCUAUGAUGGCCAAGCCCAUGGUGUUAUUGACCUUCCAAGGGAUUUGCAUGGAGUACAGGAGGUCAUCAUGCCAUAUCUUGUAGAAUUGCUUCUGUCAUAUGUGGAUGAAGUCUUUUCUUAUAUUUCAGUAGCAUUUUGUAACCACAUUGGUAAAAUGGAGGGGCCUGAUGACUCAAAUGGCAGAAGCAGUUCUGUUCACUCCGAAAUUAAAGAGCAAUUUACCCGUGUUGGAGGUGUUGCAGUAGAAUUCUGUGUCCAUAUCAAGAGGACUGACAUUCUUUUUGAAGACAUUUUCUCCAAAUUUGUAGCUGUUCAGCACAGAGACACAUUUUUGGAGCUUUUGGAACCAUAUAUAUUGAAGGACAUGCUUGGGUCUCUGCGUCCUGAGAUAAUGCAAGCACUGGUGGAACAUUACAGCAGCAAGGGAUGGUUACAACGAGUGGAACAAUGUGUCCUUCACAUGGACAUUUCUUCAUUGGAUUUCAAUCAGGUGGUCAGGUUAUGCAGGGAGCAUGGAUUGUAUGGUGCUCUAAUUUAUCUUUUCAAUAAAGGAUUGGGUGAUUUCCGCGCACCUUUAGAAGAGUUAUUGGGAGUUUUACGAAAUAGUCAAAGGGAAAGUGCAUCCACUAGUGGGUACAGGAUGCUUGUUUAUUUGAAGUACUGUUUUUCAGGUCUUGCUUUUCCACCAGGACAAGGGACUCUUCCACCCUCACGCUUGCUGUCUCUUAGAACAGAACUUCUGCAGUUUCUAUUACAGGUUUCUGAUGGACAGAAUUCAAAACCAGUGUCAAACUCGUCCUUUGGAGGAGCAUUUCUUAACCUUUAUCAUCUCCUGGAGUUAGAUACUGAGGCGACUUUAGAUGUUCUCAGAUGUGCUUUCAUAGAAGAUAAAACUCCCAAGCCUGACUCUUCUUUUCUUGAGUCAGCUGAUGCAAAUGUAGAAGCUAAAAGAGAAAAUGACCUGAGGACUGAAUCCCAGGAUAUGUUGAUACAGAGUACUGUUGAUGCUCUUGUUUGUGUUCUUAAUAAGAAUGUUACCAGCACAGAUGGGGCUGCAAGCAUUGACAAAACUGAAUCAAUAAAAGCAUGGCCUUCAUAUAAGGACAUGGGUUAUAUGUUUGAGUUCAUUGCAUUCUAUGUUGCAUGUGAAAGAGCUAAUGUCUCAAGAAAUGUUCUGCAUCAGAUUUUGGAAUAUUUGACAUCAGAAAAUACUGGUCCAGAAAGUUCUGCUUCUACUAAUGCAAGUUCCAAAAGAAGAGAGAAGCAAUUGUUGGCACUUUUGGAAGUAGUACCAGAGACUGAUUGGAACCCAUCACAUGUAUUACAACUCUGUGAGAAUGCAUGCUUUUACCAGGUUUGUGGCCUAAUUCAUGCCACCAGACAGCAGUAUAUUGCCGCCCUAGAUAGCUAUAUGAAAGAUGUGAAUGAACCCGUUCAUGCAUUCUCUUUUAUCAACAAGACAUUACUUCAACUGAGUGGUACCAAAUAUACUGCUUUCCGAUCAGCAAUCAUCUCACGAAUUCCAGAAUUGGUCAACUUAAGCAGGGAGGGGACAUUCUUAUUGGUCACUGACCAUUUUAAUGAAGAAGGUUCACAUAUCCUGUCAGAACUCCGCUCCCAUUCAAAGAGCCUUUUCCUUUACUUAAAAACAGUUAUUGAGGUUCACUUGUCUGGAACCCUCGACUUCUCUUAUUUAAAGAAUGAUGAACCUGUGGAUGUUUCUGGUGGAAGAAGGAUGAAAGAUCAAUCAAAAGAGCUCAAAGCUUACUCUGAGCGAAUCUCUGGUUUUCCUAAAUUAUUGCGUAGUAAUCCUCUUCAUGUGACUGAUGAUAUGAUUGAGCUUUAUCUGGAGUUAUUAUGCCAGUUUGAACGUGAUUCAGUUCUCAAGUUCUUAGAAACUUUUGAUAGCUAUCGAGUUGAGCAUUGUUUACGACUCUGCCAGGAAUAUGGAGUUAUAGAUGCAGCUGCAUAUUUACUAGAGAGGGUUGGUGAUGUUGGAAGUGCUCUUCUACUUACCCUUUCCGGUCUUACAGAUAAAUUUAUGGAGCUUGAAACCGCUGUGGAAAGUAAAGUCUCUAAUGUUUCCUCAAGCAAAUCUGCUAGCACAGAGCAUUUAAACACUAUUUCAAAAAUGAAAGAGGUGAGCGACAUAUAUGAUGUAUUGCAUGCCUGUAUAGGAUUGUGCCAACGGAACACCCCACGUUUGAAUCCUGAAGAAUCAGAGACACUUUGGUUCAGAUUACUUGAUUCGUUUUGUGGACCUCUCAUGGGAGCAUAUUCCAUUGAAAACAAUUCUCAAAGAGAAAAUCAUUCUGGAUUGCUGAUUGAGUCGUCAGACUCUCAAGAAGAAGAAACAUGCAUAAUCAAGUGGAGAAUCCCAAAAUCUCACAAGGGUGCUCAUAUCCUGAGAAAAUUGUGCUCUCAGUUCAUUAAAGAAAUCGUUGAGGGAAUGAUAGGAUAUGUUCGCCUUCCAACAAUCAUGUCAAAACUCCUCUCUGAUAAUGGUAGUCAGGAGUUUGGUGAUUUUAAGCUUACCAUAUUGGGGAUGCUGGGAACUUAUGGCUUUGAAAGAAGAAUUCUGGAUACGGCCAAAUCUCUGAUAGAGGAUGACACAUUCUAUACCAUGAGCGUGCUCAAGAAGGGGGCCUCUCAUGGAUAUGCACCUCGAAGUUUACUAUGUUGCAUAUGUAACAGUCUCCUCUUCAAGAAUUCUUCUAUUCAGAUUCGAAUUUUCAGCUGUGGCCAUGCUACACAUCUUCAAUGUGAGCUAGAAAAUGAGGCAUCAACUAAUGGCUCCUCAUCCGGAUGCCCCAUUUGUAUGCCUAAGAAGAAUACUCAGAGGUCUAGAAAUAAAUCAGCUUUCGUAGAGAAUGGUUUGGUAACAAAGUUUCCAUCAAAACCCCUGCCUCCUCAAGGAAUGACACUUUACCAGCAUGAAAGUGAUGCACUAGAGAACUCUUAUGGGCUUCAGCAAAUAUCAAGGUAUGAAAUUUUAACCAACCUUCAGAAGGACCAGAAAUUAACACAGGUAGAAAACUUGCCUCCAUUGAGGCUUGCACCCCCAGCUGUUUAUCAUGAAAAGGUAAAGAAAGGCAGUGACCUUUUAGCUGGAGAAAGCAGCAGCCAUCAUGCAGCUAUGGAAAAACCGAGUAAAGACAGGCAAUUCAGGGAGCCAAAGGGGAAGGGAUCAUCACUUAGAUUCCCUUUAAAACAAAGUAUAUUUGGAAAAGAGAAAUCAAACAAACAAUGAAAUCAAUGAGAUGUAUAGACUAACAAUACCAGAAAGUAUAUUCCACAAGGCUGUGGGAUUAGGUCAUGAUAAAUACUUCAAUCAGAUGCAGAGUUGUUUUUCUUCCAGACAUUAAAUUUGUAUCAAAUGUUAGUCAUUCUAAUUACAUUUUAGAUACAACAAAAUUUGUACAUUAAAAGUAAGGUAGGGGCUUUUUGUCAGUGAGAAAAAAUUGAAUCCAUCAAUGAAGUAAAAUUUUUCUU